UACGCGCCGCCCCCAUAACCCUCCGCGCGGCGCACGCCGCCCCUCUCUAUCCCGGCGGCGGCCAAAGGGAGCGGAGGGGCUUUAAGGGGGCAAAGCUGCCGGAAAAUGGCUGUGGAUUACUUCCUGCACGACAAGAUCUGGUUCGAGAAGUUCAAAUACGACGACGCCGAGCGAAGGUUCUACGAGCAGAUGAACGGCCCCAUGGGUGGCCCCUCCCGCCAGCAGGAGAACGGAGCCAGCACGAUCCUCCGCGACAUUGCCAGAGCCAGGGAGAAUAUCCAGAAAUCGCUGGCCGGACAGAAGACCCCUGCUCAGAGCAAGGAAGCUCCUUGUGCCCGUCCCAAGAAACAGUCGGGACGCUCCGCCAGUGCAAGCACAACCUCCUCUGGAGCUGCUGGUGACCAAAAUGAGCUCCUGUCCCGAAUUUCCCACCUGGAAGUGGAAAACCAGAACCUCCGCAGUGUUGUUGCAGACCUCCAGAUGGCCAUUUUCAAGCUGGAAAGUCGCCUGAACGCUCUGGAGAAAUCCUCAACUUCUCACCAGCCCUCAUCUGUUCCUCCAACCCAGAAAGUGGAACCGUUCAGCGUUCCCUCCAAAAAGGUGGAGCUCCCGGCCAAGAAAGCCGAGCCAGCUGCUGCUGAGGAUGAUGAGGAUGAUGACAUUGACCUUUUUGGGAGCGAUGAUGAGGAGGAAGACCAGGAAGCUGCCAAAGUCCGGGAAGAGCGGCUCCGGCAGUACGCGGAGAAGAAGGCCAAGAAGCCGGGACUCAUUGCCAAGUCUUCCAUCCUGCUGGAUGUGAAGCCAUGGGAUGACGAGACUGACAUGGCCAAGAUGGAGGAGUGUGUCCGGUCCAUCCACAUGGAUGGGUUGGUGUGGGGAGCCUCCAAACUGGUCCCAGUCGGAUAUGGCAUCAAGAAACUCCAAAUCCAGUGCGUGGUGGAGGACGAGAAAGUCGGGACAGACAUCCUGGAGGAGGAGAUCACCAAGUUUGAGGACUAUGUGCAGAGCGUGGAUAUUGCUGCUUUUAACAAGAUUUAGAAGGGAAAACUGUAUCCCCCCUCAUCCGAACCUGGAAUUAAUAAAGAUGAACAUUGGGAGUGCA